AUGGAGGAGGGCAUGAUGAAGUCCAACUCGUUCUCGAGCAGCAAGGAGGAGAAGGUGGAGGCGGACGGCAGGAACAGCGUGUUUCAGCGGCAGGACUCCACGCUGCUGAAGAAGAACAGCAGCAGCAGCGGCGGCGGCGGAGGAGGAGGAGGAGGAGGGAAUAACGCCAACGCCGCGGCCGGCAAGGAGCACGCCAACUCCGUGGUGGCCGGCGGGCUGAAAGCGGACCGCGAGGAGACCAUGCUGGGGCUGGAGGACGUGGACCCAGUGGGCCGGCAGCACGGCUUCAUGCAGCGGCAGAUCGGAGCCAUGCUGCAGCCCGGAGUCAACAAGUUCUCCCUGCGCAUGUUCGGCAGCCAGAAGGCGGUGGAGAAGGAGCAAGAGCGCGUGCAGACCGCGGGCUACUGGAUCAUCCACCCGUACAGCGACUUCAGGUUCUACUGGGACUUGAUAAUGCUCAUCAUGAUGAUGGGGAAUCUAAUCAUCAUUCCUGUUGGAAUAACCUUCUUUUCUGAGCAAACCUCCACCACCUGGCUGGUUUUUAACGUGGCCUCGGACACCAUCUUCCUGGUGGACCUGGUCAUGAACUUCCGCACGGGCAUAGUGAACGAGGAGAGCUCCGAGAUCAUCCUUGACCCCAAGGUCAUUAAGAUGAACUACCUGAAGAGCUGGUUUGUGGUGGAUUUUCUCUCCUCCAUCCCGGUGGAUUAUAUCUUUCUAAUUGUAGAGAAAGGCUUUGACUCGGAGGUGUACAAAACGGCCCGAGCGCUGCGAAUCGUCAGAUUCACCAAAAUCCUCAGCCUGCUUCGCCUGCUGCGGCUGUCCCGCCUCAUCAGAUACAUCCACCAGUGGGAGGAGAUUUUCCACAUGACCUAUGACCUGGCGAGUGCAGUGGUAAGAAUCUUUAAUCUGAUUGGAAUGAUGCUGUUGCUGUGUCAUUGGGACGGCUGCCUGCAGUUCCUGGUGCCUCUGCUCCAGGACUUCCCUCCAGAUUGCUGGGUGUCCCUAAAUGGGAUGGUUAACGACUCCUGGGGGAAGCAGUACUCAUACGCCCUUUUUAAGGCCAUGAGUCACAUGCUGUGUAUUGGGUACGGAGCUCGAGCGCCUGUCAGCAUGUCCGAUCUGUGGAUCACCAUGCUCAGUAUGAUUGUGGGGGCCACCUGCUACGCCAUGUUUGUGGGCCAUGCCACCGCCCUUAUCCAAUCCCUGGACUCCUCACGUCGCCAGUACCAAGAGAAGUAUAAGCAAGUGGAGCAGUACAUGUCCUUCCACAAGCUCCCAGCCGACAUGCGCCAGAAGAUCCACGACUAUUAUGAGCAUCGCUACCAGGGCAAGAUCUUCGAUGAGGAUAACAUCCUGAACGAGCUCAACGACCCUUUAAAAGAGGAGAUCGUCAACUUUAACUGCCGUAAGCUGGUGGCCACCAUGCCUCUAUUCGCCAACGCUGACCCCAACUUUGUGACGGGAAUGCUGAGUAAGCUCAAGUUCGAGGUGUUCCAGCCCAAUGAUUACAUCAUCCGCGAGGGAACUGUGGGUAAAAAGAUGUACUUCAUCCAGCACGGCGUCGCCAGCGUCAUCACCAAACACAACAAGGAGAUUAAGCUCACGGACGGAUCCUACUUCGGAGAGAUCUGUCUGCUAACGAAAGGACGGCGCACAGCUAGCGUCCGCGCCGACACGUACUGUCGCCUCUUCUCUCUGUCUGUUGACCACUUCAACGAGGUCCUGGAGGAAUACCCCAUGAUGCGCCGCGCUUUUGAGACGGUGGCUAUUGACCGCCUGGACCGCAUCGGGAAGAAGAACUCGCUCUUGCUGCAGAAGUUUCAGAAGGAUCUGAAUGCGGGCGUGUUCAAUACACAAGAGAACGAGCUGCUGAAGCAGAUCAUCCGGCAGGACCGGGAGAUGGUGAUGAUGGUGGACAGGAAGCAGUCGGUAACGGGUGCCAACUCGACACCGAUGUCUGGAAACUCCAUCAUUAACUCUCCUGCUCAGCCACCAUUUCCUAUUGCUAACAGCCAACUUCAGCAAGCCAUGACCUACAGCACCGCUGCAUCCAUAACCCCGGCUGCCCGCAUAGCUCAGGGCGUUGCUUUCUCUGUGUCUAGCGUUCCACCUGGAAACCUGGCCACUUCUUCACCAAAUCCACCUACACCCUUGCAGCAGCCGAGCGGCAUCAUGUCGCCAUGCUCGUUUACUGCAGCCGUCUGCAGCCCUCCCGUCCAGACGCCUUUGGCUGGCCGAACGUUCCAGUACGGCUCACCCACGGCCUCACAGCUCUCCCUGGUACAGCCGCCCAUUCCCCAGCAGUCCAUAACAACGCAGCAACAACAGCAACAACAACAGCAGCAGCCGUCCCAGCAGCCUCAGGCUCAACAGGCUUCUCCCCAAAGAAGCGAAGUCCACAAGAGCACACAGGCGCUCCAGUCAGGAAGCCUUAGCCGAGACAUUCGCCACCUUUCAGCCUCCCAGCCUUCUCUACCCCAUGAAACUUCGCUACCUGUCCGGCCACACCCAUCCUCCGGCGAAUCCUUGGCCUCCAUCCAGCCCCCUGCAGGUCCAGCCCAAACCCAGGCCCAAGCCCAGCCUGCACAGGCCGCGCCACAAAGCGGCAUCCGCACCACCGUCCCCCAGAGGGUGGCUCUCUUCCGCCAGAUGUCAUCGGGAGCUUUACCGCCGGUGCGCGCGGCACCCUCUAGCAUCCAGCACAGGGAUCCCACAGGAUCCAGAAGAGAAUCAGCGGUCUUGAGCAGUACAGAGACCGAACAAGACAAGAUGCGAUUCGCAUCGAAUUUAUGAUCCCGUUCUUUUUUUUUGUUUUGAUUUAUCUUUUGUUUCUUGUUUAUUUUUUUAAAAAAUGAUUUUUGCUUCAUUUUUAUGGAGAAAAUGGGAAAAAAGAGACUGAAGUAUUUUUGUUUUUCUCCGACUCUCUAAAAGAUAACCUCAUAGAUUAUCCUGUACAGAUUACCCUUG